AAACUUUCUCUCUUAUCAGAACCAUAAAGCGGCACGGAAACCAUGUACAGUCUUUUCAUAUUAUUUACUUUCUUUUCGGGAAUUUCAGUGUAUGGUGUAAAUGGCGGGACAUACUGUACUGUAGAUUCCUCGUAUUCGUACACCACCAGGACGAAAUAUUGUGAGCAUGGUUGUUGUGGUAAUUCGAUUGAUGAUAACAGAAGAUGCUGCGAUGCACCGACAGAAACCCAUGUCAGUACCGGUGUGUACGUAGGUGGUGGUGUAGGAGGGUUCUUUUCCUUCUUGUUCGUCUUGUGUUGUAUCUAUUACUGCUGCUGUCGGGUGGAAACUCUGGUCCAUGUUAUUUAACAGAUGCAAACGAAACCGACAACAGAAAUACAGACAAUAUCUAAUUAGACAGUAUGAUUUUCUUCCAUGGCUUCAUAUAAAUAUUACGUUGGAACAGAAUGUACUAAAUGACUUACUCAGUUUUUAGUAUUUUUUUUUUGUGUUUUAUAAAUAAAAAAAAAUAAAGAAAUAUGUUGUAGAUAAUUUU